AUGUAUACAUUGACUAAUUCGCUGUUGCUGAAUGGGAUGGAGAAGAAGAAAGGAUUUGAAGAAGUACGGGUGGAUUUAGGAUCGGGUGAGAAAGGAAGGAUUAUGGAGGCUUUGCAUGAACUGUCCCGGGGGAAGUUGGGGUUGAAACAACGGGCUUUGGUCUUUCCGAUGGUGGUCACUUUGAUUAGACAUCAGUCCUUGGAAGUAAAAUCGGGGGCUUACUCCUUUAUCCUGAAGUGCUUGGAAAUUGAUCGGACUUUGUUGCUUCUGGCGGUCAAUACGGUUAAACAGGAGAUGGGUAGUGGUGAAGAGAAAAGAAUAGUUCUGAAUCGGGCUUUGGCUAUUGAUUUUAUAGGAAAGACGCGUGAUAAGGACUUCUUGGGACACUUUUUUGAUGAGAUAGAGCGAGAGUAUGAUAGUGAGAUGGACGUCUUGAAGAAAAGUGCAUUGCUGGCCACUCCGAGUUUGUUUCGGGCCUUUAAGGAGGUGAAGAAAGAGAAGGUCUUGGGGUGCUUGCGGAGUAGAGGUGGAUUGGUGACUGGUGCGGCAGUUUAUGCCAUUGUGGAAAUUGAGAAGAUGUCGCGAGGAGUCUUUGGUGAAGUCGUGCUGAUGGAGGCCUUGGAUGUUUUGUGUCGUGGUCGGGAAGAGAUUGAGGAAAGGUUUGAAAACUUUGGGCUUCUGUUGGUGGAGUUGUGUCGGUUGUUGCGGCCUUUUAAGCAUAAGGAGAUUGCUGAUAAGUUGUUUCCGAUCUUGGGAUACUUGCCAUUGUUUGCCUUGCGGGAAGUGAUUUUGUCGGCUGGGGAGUACUUGGUAGGUGCUUUUGGAGAGAAGUUGCUGCAGGGAGCUAUUUGCUUUUCGGGUACAGAACAGAAGCUUUUGGGUUUGGAGACGAUUUUGCUGUUGUUCUGUCACCAAGAUAAGAUUAAGACGAUGAUGGACCCGUUUUUGAUUGAUGGAUGUGAUAGUAAGCGGGAAAAGAUGGUUAAACUGCAGAUUCUAUCGAAGAUUAGUGGAAAAGAAGCUGUGGCGGAAAUUCGGGCCUUUGUGCGGGAUGGUGAGAGUUGCUUCUGUGCUUUGUGUCUACUAAUCGAGCUGGAUGCUUUAGAGGAGGACGAUAUCCGGGUUGCGUUUAAACACUGUCCAAGUGCGGCACUACGGGCCUUUUACUUGAAGCACCCGUUGCCUUUGAAGCACGCUGAAGUAGUUCGAGGCGCUCUGUCUUAUCUGAGUAACGUGGUGGAGAAGGAGGCAUAUCUCUUUUUGUCUGGAUACUACCUGACAACUAUCCCUGAUGAGGCCAAGCGGAUAAGAAGAAUUCGUAACUCGGCGGGUGGGAUUCUUUAUGGUAAGAAGGAAGAAAGAGAGAAGUCUGAGGAGCAUUUGGAGGAGUACUUGUACUUCUUGCUCAAUUUCUAUGUCCGUGGGAUUAUAUCCAAGGAAGAGUGCAUCAAGCAGGCCCAGGAGACCUUUAUGGAAGAGCCUUUCCUGCUGAGUAAGUUUAUGCAUUUGGUUGAUUUGCCAGAUCGCAAACACUUACUGGAUCUGAUUUCCUACAAACGAAUUUCUUAUCGGGUGGGUAGUCUCAUCCAAUAA